AUGGGUAACCUCAUCAGCCGGCCCAGCUGCCUGGGCCAGAAGUCCAAACAUGUGAGGUCGGACGAGGCCUUCCUGAAGGAGUGCUACCAGCGAAGAAGAGAGUGGCAGCCCCAGGAACAAAAUGGAGAGACCAAACCUGAAGUUGUUGUUAAAGACGAUGCGAAGGAGGAUGCAGUCAAGGAUGCGAUCAAAGACGCAGAUCUGGAGUGCGACAAGGAGAUGGAGGAAAUUGAUCUUAAACGAGAGCAGGGGACUUACACUCCCAUUUCGGACAAACCCCUCCGGAGUUCUCCUGCCUCUACCAUCAGGAGUACAAGCACUCUGGAAAAUGCAUGGCACAGCAGCCCUUCUCCAAUAAAAACAUCCAGAAAUGGGACCCUUACCAGGAGAACAGUUCCUCCAGAGUUUGCCAGAUCCCCCCUGGCUCAUCUGGACAAGAGUGCAGCAGAGAGGAGGGCCAGCUUCCAGAGACGGGACUCCAGAGAAGGAAGCCCCUGGUCCUGGAAGACCCUGUCAUCACGGGAGGUUACAGAGGUGACGGAGGUGACGGAGACCAUCGUAACCGAGAUUGUGGAAGUAACCGAAUAUCCAUCUGGAGAUAAAGGAGGGGACCCCAUAGUCACCAGGACUGUUAGAGUCCUGAAUGGUGUCGCUGAGGAACUCGCUGAGCUCCAAAGUGAUGGACACUCAAGCUCAGACCAAGAGUCCAGCCUUGAUAGAUGGAAGGGACCGAGAUCUGCCUUGGCACUAAAAGAUGCAUCGACAGAUUCAGAGACAUUCCUCCAGAACCUGGAAGCUUUGCUUACAUGGGUCAGCGAGAUCGAAGAGCUCACAGCGAACCAGAAACCUCCAUCUUCAGAGGUCAAAGUGGUGAAAGCUCAGCUGCAAGAACAAAAGCUGCUGCAGCGCCUCCUCACAGACCGAAGGCGCAGUAUGGACUGUAUGAUGUUGGAAGGCCCUCGUCUGGUGGAGGCCCACCCAGGAGAGGAGGGGGAGCAGGCUGAGGUCAAGCUCUCUGCUCUCAAACAGAAGUGGGAGGCCUUACAACUGCAGGCAGAGCAAAGGAGAGCCCGUCUGGAGCUCAUUCUGCCCAGGGCCCAGCUCUUCCAGGAAGGAGUCGACAGCUUGCAACAGUGGCUCAUAUCUGUGGAGCAGACUCUGGCUGAAUUAAGAAACGCAGAGAGAGUGAUGCUGCAUCUCUCAGAAGCAACAGAUAGGGCCAAGGCUGUUGUUGAAGAGAUUCAAGUGAAAACAGCUGAGCUAGGGAAAAUACAGAAGGCAGCCAAUGAUCUCAUUGAAGCCAUUUCAGAGGAGGAAGCCCAACAAGUUCAGGAGAAGAUGGAUGCUCUGCGUAUUCGUUGCUCUGUGCUUAGUCUUAGCAGUCUGGACAUCCUGCAGAGGCUGGAGCAGGCUCUGGAGGCCUCCAGCCGCUGCACCUCCAGCCAGGAGGACCUCCACCUGUGGCUGGGCCGCAUUGAGAGGGAGCUUCUGGGGGCAGCAGGAGCACAGACACAUGCUGGAGAUUCAGUGCUUUGUGCAGCUGAGAGGCAGAGGUUGGAGCAGGCUGUGGUGAAGGAGAUGGCUUGGUUCAGAGAUACAGCGCUGAGUCUUGAGAAGCUGAAAACCAUCAACCUGAAUCCAGAGUUCAUUGCAGAACAGCUCUAUGAGCAGAAGAUUUUGGCUGUGGAGAUUCUCCAACAUAGGUUCAACAUCGAGAAGAUGGCAAAGAUUAGUGAAAUCUUACUGACGUACAGCGAUGAAGGAGAAACAGGAGAUUUACGGACACCAAUAGAGGCCUUACAAGAACAAUGCAACACCACCUCAGCCACCAAUUCCCAUGUGGUCCUGCAGCUUGAGCACGCUCAGUCGCUGCUUCUCCAGUUCUCAGAGGGCUUUGCUGAAGUUUCACCCUGGCUUGAAGAAACUCAAUCCCUAAUUGGCCAGCUUUCCCUGAGUACAAUUAGCUAUGAAGCAUUUCGGGAACAACAAGACCUCUUACAGGGUUUGAGAGAGUCCAUAGCAGAACACAGACCCUUGAUUGCACGCUUAUGCUCUUUAGCAAAACGUUUGUCGGAACUAAACCCCACUCAGGGAGAUGAGUUCUGUCGAAAAGCUUCAGAGGCUGAGGAGCAACACAGAACCAUCAGAGACCGGGUCAGGGAGACGGCUAAUCUGCUCGAGGAGUCUUUGCCUCGAUUCACACAGCUGAAUGAGAGGAUGACCCUAAUCAGAGAGAGUCUUGACCGCCUGCGUAGUCGCAUACAGACUCCCAGCUCCCUUCAAGGCCUCACCCCAAGGAUCCAGGAGCAGCUGCAGGACAACAAGCACACUCUGGCUGAGCUAUGCAAGCUGGAGCUUGGCCUUGGCAGUAUCAAGACACAUGCGGACGAGCUGCUAGCUAACACCCAAGCAGCUGGGGAUGGAUCUGUCGGCACAGCAAUCCAGGAGCGAGUGUCCAGCCUGUCCCAGCUCUGGGAUGAGACCCACACUCAGGCCCAGGAGAGGGAAAGCUGGCUGCUCAAACUUUUGGAUCUGGCUGUGAAGUUUUGGAGUGAUGUUAGCGAUGUCACAGCAGCUCUCAAUGACGCUCAGCAGGCAGUUCUGGAUCUGAACGCUAGUCGGACUGACUCUGAAACGAUCCGGCAGAGCCUCGAAACCAUGCAGACUCUCAGGGAGGAUAUUGACAGUUUACAAGGAGAUCUGGACACUCUUGGUGUUUUGGGAAUGGAUCUGAUGUCAGCCUGUGGGGAUACAGAUAAACCGGAUGUCACAAAAAGCCUAGAUGAACUCUAUUGCACGUGGAACAACUUGAGCAAACUGUGGAAUGAAUGUCACAAAAAGUUGGAGGAGUCCCUGCAGAUGGCGCUGCAUUAUCAGGACACUAUGCAGGGUCUCUUUGAGUGGUUGAAGUCAGCUGAGCUGAGGUCCACCGAGGAGUUCAUGGUCGGUCCUGACCUGGUGUCAGUCAAAGAGCAGCUGUGUGAUCUCAAGGAAUUUAAGCGUGAACUCUACCAGAAGAAAAUAGAGAUUGAGAGUCAGAACCAUCGCUUUGUGUGCCGUCUGUCUCCGGGCUCAGAGCGUCCAGGCUCAGUCUCUCCUCUGUGUGACUUCAGACAGCGCUGGGACAGUUUGGAGUCAGAGACCGUCAACAGACAGCAUCAGCUGGAGUGUGCCCUGCUGGGUCUGGGUCAGUUUCAAAACACACUGGACGAGCUACACACCUGGCUGUCCAGGACCGCAGAACAGCUGCAGGGCAGCCAGCCAAUCAGCAUCGACCUGCAGGCCUGUGAAAUAGAGCUGGCUAAACACAAGGUGCUUCGUAACGAUGUUAUGUCCCACGUUCGCACAAUGGAGUCACUGAACAAGGCAGGCAGGGGGCUGCUGGAGGUCGGGUCUGGAGACAGCCCACAUGGUCUACAAUCUCAUCUGGAGCAGCUCAACGAGAGCUGGGAGUUUGUCCGCUGUGAGACCGAACGCAGGCAACUGGAGUUGGAGAACAGACUGAGUCAGGUACAAGAUGUCACAAUGGAGAUUCAGGAUCUUCUGCAGUGGCUGGAGAACACAGACCUGAGACUGUCGUCCACUAAAACCAUAUGGAGUAUGCCCGACUCUGCUGCUGAAAGGCUCAAUGCACAUUUGGAGUUGUGUACUGAGAUGGAGUCUAAGCUGCACGCCUACACGGACGUGAAGAAUGCCAUCCACAGGAUGCUAGAGAGCAGCGAUGUUGUGCGGGGAUCGAGCACCGAACACAGUCUGUCUAUUCUUGAACAGAAAUGGGCCUCUGUUUACAGCAAAGUCCAGGAGCGAAAGGCGAAACUUUCAGAAGGACUGAGUCUGGCUAAGGAGUUCCACAGUAACGUGCAGGAACUUCUCACUAAAAUGAGCAAAUGUGAAGAGUCUAUUGGCCUUCUUCCUGCUCCCAGCUUUGUCCUGGAUAAAGUUUGUGCUCAGCUGCAGGACCACAGAACACUGGUGAACGAGGUGAACACCUAUGGGGAGAGGAAGAGCACGGUGGAGAACAUGGCCUGCAGACUGACAGAGCUGAGCAGGAAGGAGGACUGUGACGUCAUCCAUAACCUGAUCAUGACGGUUCAGGAUCGAUACAAAAAGCUACAGCAGCGUGCUUCAGAAAGAGGCAGGAUGCUGGAGGAGGUGAAAAAGAACGCCAAACAGUUUAAUGAGUCGUGGCGCCUGUUAGUGGACUGGAUGACGGAGGUAGAGCAGACAUUAGACACACAUAAAGAGAUUGCUGUGUCCCACGAGGAGAUUAAACAACAACUGACAGAGCAAAAGGAGUUCCAGAAGCUGCUGAGGUCCAAGAGGCCGAUGUAUGAAGCUACAUCCAAGAGUGGACGCAGUCUCCACGAGCGAGCUCAAACCAGCCAUGACAGACAGCACCUGGAGAAUCUGCUGGCUGAGCUCAAAGACACGUGGGACACCAUCAGUGGGAAGUCUAUGGAGAGACAACACAAGCUGGAGGAAGCUCUGCUGUUCUCAGGCCGAUUCACCGACGCUCUGCAGGCUCUGAAUGAUUGGCUGUACAGAGCAGAGCCACAACUGGCUGAGGAUGUUCCUGUGGGCGGGGACAAAGACAUGGUGCACAAUCUCAUAGACAAACACAAGGCUUUCCAAAAGGAGCUGGGGAAGCGAGCUGGCUGCAUUAGGACCCUGAAGCGCUCCGUUAGAGAUCUGACCAGGAGCAGCACAGCUGAUGCUCACUGGCUGCAGGAGCAGAUGGAUGAGCUGGAGGGCCGCUGGGAGGCGGUGUGCAAACUGUCGGUCAGCAAGCAGGACAGACUGGAGGCUGCACUUCAGCAGGCUGAAAAGUUUGACGGCCUCGUCCACUCUUUCAUGGAGCGUCUGACUGAGGCAGAGAGGAUACUCAAGUACGGGGUCAUACCAGAGGAUGAGGACGCCUUACUCACCUUCCGCAAACAACAUGAGGACUCGAUGAGUGCCCUGCAGGCUCACGCAGUGGACUUACAGAAUAUCCAGUGUCUCGGUGAGCAGAUCCUGUCCUCCUGUCAUCCUGACUCCAUCAUCACAUUAAAAUCCUGGAUCAGUGUCACAAAGACCCGCUAUGAGGAGGUUCAGACCUGGGCUCAGCAGCAGAGCCAGAAGAUUCAGACCAGCUUGGCAGCCCUGGAGGCAGAGAGAGAGGAGAUCCAGAGGCUGCUGGACUGGAUCUCAUCAGCAGAGGAAUCCCUCUCCCUCAGAGACCAGGAGCCUCUGCCAGAGACCAUGGAGCAGAAUCAAGAGCUGAUCGAGCAGCAUGCAGUUUUCAUGGAGGAGCUGAAUAAGAAGUUUCCAGAGGUUGAACAAGCAACAAAGUCCUGCAAACACAAAAGCAUUCCUAAACACCAAGUUUCCCCCAGCAAGCGACCACUCACAAAGAGAAGAAGUGCUUUGAAGAUGCAGCCUGUUGUACCCAUCCCCCUUGAGCACCUUGACCCCCAGACCCCAGAGCUCAGUCAGCUGGUCAGUCAGUGGCAGAAACUUUGGCUCCUGGCCGGGGCGAGGCAAACACGUCUGGAGCAACACCAGCAAAUGCUCAAAGAGAUGGAAGAAUUUGCAAACUUUGACUUCAACAUUUGGCGGAAGCGGUACAUACAGUGGAUCAGUCAUUUAAAAUCGAGGAUCCUGGAUGUGUUCCGCAGCAUCGAUCGAGACCAGGACGGACGGAUCAGUCAGAAGGAGUUUGUCGAUUAUGUUCUUGCUUCUAAAUUCCCCACCAACUCUUUGGAGAUGAACGCAGUAGCAAACAUCUUCGACAUGAACAGUGACGGUUUCAUCGACUACUAUGAGUUUGUGAGUGCCCUUCACCCCAGCAGAGAUCCGUACAGGAAAACUCUGGAUGCAGAUCAAAUCAACGAGGAGGUGAGUCGGCAGGUUUCUCAGUGUAACUGUCCCAAGAGGUUUCAGGUGGAACAGAUAAGUGCCAAUAGAUACAGGUUCGGAGACUCACAGCAGUUGCGGAUGGUCCGUAUCCUCCGCAGCACAUUGAUGGUCAGAGUUGGAGGAGGCUGGACGGCUCUUGAUGAGUUUUUGGUAAAGAAUGAUCCCUGCAGAGUGAAAGGCAGGACUAACCUGAAGAUUAAGGAGAAGUAUCUGUCCCCUGUUGGAGGCUCCACUAAAGGUCUGACUGUCAGCAGGUCAAACUCUAGCCUUAGCCUCUACAGCAGUGCCUCGGCCCCCACCAGCCCCAUGACACGCGUUACUCCGUAG